AUGGAAGCCCCUUUGAGCAAGAGGAACCCCGCGUUAAGAUUAGCGGAUUUGGCAGCCACUCAAGUCCUUCCUCACCAGAACAUGACAGGCUUCCCGGGGCUAGGGGGGCAUCACCCUCUCUCCCACCAUGCCCACCUCCACCCUGGGGAGCUGGCCAACGACCCCGGCGUGGCACUCACUCCAUUCGGACCGGAGCACAUGGCACAAACCAGUGCUCUCAAGCUCAGCCCCUCGCAGCACAUCCAGAGCCACCACGAAGCCCAGACCGCGGCGGCGGCUGCUGCUGCUGCUGCGGCGGCGACCGCAGCCUCCUUCGCUCCGGCUCAGACUACCGUGGGCUUCCCUGUGGCCCAUCACCACCAACACCACCACCACCACCCGGGAUACUCAAGCAGCAGGGACUUGAUCCUCAGGAGAGAACUCUCAGCCUCCGCCAUGCACGCUCUCGGCGACCAGUCCUCCGCCUCCCCCCAUCACCACCACGGCGUGUUCAUCUCCCCAACAGGUGCGUACGGCCACGCGGACAGCGGGGCCCACUCGCUCUUCUCGGGGCUCCACGAGCAAGCGUCCCCGGGCUCGCACCCACACCACCACGCACUCAAUGGGCAGAUGCGCCUGGGUCUACCGGGGGACCUCUACGGUAGGUCGGAUCACUUCGGGGCCCGGCAGGAUCACUACGGAGCCUCCGCCCUGCACGGCUACAACAACGUGAACGCAGCCCACGGGCCCGCGGGGGCCUUCCUGCGCUACAUGCGACAGCCCAUCAAGCAGGAGCUCAUCUGCAAGUGGGUCGAGCCGGAGCUGCAGAGUGCUAAGAAGCCCUGCUCCAAGACCUACAGCACCAUGCACGAGCUGGUCAACCACGUCACGGUGGAGCACGUCGGCGGGCCGGAGCAGAGCUCGCACGUCUGCUUCUGGGAGGAGUGCCCGCGGGAGGGGAAGGCGUUCAAGGCCAAGUACAAACUCAUCAACCACAUCCGAGUGCACACCGGAGAGAAGCCCUUCCCGUGCCCAUUCCCGGGCUGCGGGAAAGUGUUUGCCCGCUCGGAGAACUUGAAGAUCCAUAAGAGGACACACACAGGUGAGAAGCCCUUCAAGUGCGAGUUUGAAGGCUGCGACCGGAAGUUCGCCAACAGCAGCGACCGGAAGAAGCACUCGCACGUGCACACGUCCGAUAAGCCCUACUACUGCAAGGUCCGCGGGUGCGACAAGUCCUACACGCACCCAAGCUCCCUGCGCAAACACAUGAAGGUGCAUUGCAAGAGCUCCCCGCCACCUCCCAACAACACGACCACAUACAUCCCCUCCUCCGCCACCAGCAAUCCGCUCGGGGAGCCCCUCUCCCCGCAGCGGAACCGCUCCGCAAGCCUCUCCCCGCAGGUGACCAACCUGAACGAGUGGUACGUGUGUCAAGGCAGCGGAGGGGGGGUGCACCACCAACACCAGCAACACCAGCAGCAACACAGCCUGCACUCCCCCUCCAGUGAUGUGCCCACCUCAGAGUCUGAAGAUGAGGACUCGUUUAGAGACUCAGACCCCAGGACGAUGCUAUAAUUACCAUCCCUGGGGAUGGGACACAAAAUGGAAAAAAAAACACUCAAUCAAAGCGGAUGCAGUUCCAAAACCAGCUUCCUUCAAAGUAACACUUUUGGGUUUUAAUAUGCAAAUUAGAGCUAAUAAUUCCGAUUCCAUCAA